CUGAAGGAUGAGAUAGCAGAGGUGACCAAUGAGAUUGACAACCUGGGCCUGACUGAAGAGAGGAAAAGUAUGCAGAGGAACAAACAGAUGGCCAUCGGCCGAAAGAAGUUCAACAUGGACCCAAAGAAGGGUAUUCGUUUUCUGGUGGACAGCUCCCUGCUGAAAAACACCAGCGACGACAUUGCUCAGUUCCUCUACAAGGGCGAGGGGCUGAAUAAGACAGCCAUUGGGGACUACCUGGGGGAGAGAGAUGACUUCAACAUCGAGGUUCUUCACGCCUUCCUGGACCUGCACGAGUUCACGGAUCUGAACCUGGUCCAGGCGCUCAGGCAGUUCCUGUGGAGCUUCAGGCUGCCCGGCGAAGCUCAGAAGAUUGACCGCAUGAUGGAGGCGUUCGCCCAGCGAUACUGUCACUGUAACCCCGGGGUGUUUCAGAGCACAGAUACCUGUUAUGUGUUGUCGUUCGCUGUGAUCAUGCUGAACACCAGUCUACACAACCCUAACGUGAAGGACAAACCGUCCGUUCAGAGAUUCACAGCAAUGAACAGAGGCAUCAAUGACGGAGGAGAUCUGCCAGAGGAGCUGCUCAGGAAUCUGUACGACAGCAUCAAGAACGAACCCUUUAAGAUCCCAGAGGAUGAUGGGAACGACCUCACACACACUUUCUUCAACCCCGACAGAGAAGGAUGGCUCCUGAAACUCGGUGGACGAGUUAAGACCUGGAAGAGACGCUGGUUUAUUCUCACAGAUAACUGCCUCUACUACUUUGAAUACACCACAGAUAAAGAACCCAGAGGAAUUAUUCCACUGGAAAAUCUGAGCAUCAGAGAAGUUGAUGACUCUAAGAAACCAAACUGCUUCGAGCUCUUCAUCCCCAACCACAAAGAUCAGGUGAUCAAGGCCUGCAAGACAGAGGCGGACGGCCGCGUUGUCGAGGGAAACCACACUUUUUACCGAAUCUCUGCCCCGACCACGGAGGAGAAGGACGAGUGGAUCAACAGCAUCAAAGCUGCCAUCAGCAAAGACCCGUUCUACGAGAUGCUGGCUGCUCGGAAGAAGAAGGUGUCGUCUCUGAAGGGGCUGUAGAGCUGCUGAGGAUUAAACAUCCACACGAUGAGCACAGGUUUGACUCCUGAACACGGCACACUGGACGUGGACCUGAUAUUCCUGCUGCUGCAGUGACACUUGCACCUGGCACAAGGGAUUCAGCCUUUAGAGAGACUUCCUUUGACACCCGUCUCUUCGCAGGUUUGACCCAACGUUGAAUGUUUCAUUUCUCAUGCCCAGAUGAAAUGAUUCACUCAGACCUUUUAUUAAGGUCCUCAAACAUCUCUUUAAAAAGCAAACACACUUCUGCAGUACUGUAACCACGCUCUAAACUCUGGUUAAGACUCCCACUCCUCAGAUCUGCUGAAAUUAUAUGUGAAAUAUGUCUGAUUCAUCUCAAAGCAACUUCAAACAUACUAUGUUUGCUGAACUGGGCCGCGGGUAUGCAAAUAUUUUACUGCAGAGAAAAAAUGAAGGAGCGAGCGGGAAAUGAUUUCAGUCAGAUUAGAAGUGUAAUCAGUGUGUAAACACAGACUGUAAUUAAAGAUGGACAACACGUCUCCACGUCCUCCCACUAUCUAGAAAUGAAGCUCAACUAUCCCGGAUAAGAAUGUCACUGUCUUGCACAUUUGGAGUCAGAGUCUGCGCAGUAAUGAUCAUUGUCUGGAGCGGGCUCACACCCCACCCAGUAAAACCCCUUUUCCACUGGUCGAAACACCCACUAACAUCUGGCUUUUGUCUGCAGUGGGAAUGGAUUCAAUCCACACUCACUCCUGGGUCUAAUGCCUGUGGAGUAGACACAGGUUUCAAUCGAGUCCAGCUCUGAUCGGCAGUGGUGGAACCGAGAAACAUGGUUGAACGUACUAUUUUAG